AACCUCUGUAAGCAAGCUAUCCACCAUGGACACAUUAGCAGCUCGAUUCAAGCUCAUCAUUUUGCCCCUUCUAUCCAUCUCUUUGUUUCUUUUACCUUUUCUUCAGGCCACUGAUUUCAACUACUGCGAUAAGAAAGGUAAUUAUGUUGUAAAAGUCAAAGGAGUAGAUAUAUCACCUAAUCCAGUGAUUAGAGGCAAACCGGCCACCUUCGCCAUCUCAGCUUCUACUGGUAAAGCUAUCACCGGUGGCAAAGCGGUGAUCGAUGUUUCCUACUUUGGUAUUCAUAUCCAUCAAGAAACUCACGACCUUUGUGAGGAAACAUCCUGCCCUGUUGCUGUUGGCAACUUUGUGCUCUCUCACAAUCAAGUUUUACCUGGAUUUACUCCACCAGGUUCCUACACACUUAAGAUGACAAUAUCAGGUGAGGGAAUUCAAGUGUUAACUUGCAUUUCCUUCAAUUUCAAAAUCGGGUUUGGUGCUUCUGGAUCUUCGAUCUCUGACAGCUGAUCAGCUACAUAUUUAUAUAACUAGUGUCAUGGAUUGUACUGGGGUGCUUUCUUAUUACUUGCGAACUGAUCUCGAGUUCUACAAUGUUUUGUACUUCUAUUCCGUAUUAAGAUUCUCGAGUCUUGACUGCACUAAACCACAUUUAGCAGGAAGAUAUCCGACUGGUGUGAGAUAUUUCAUGAGACAAGGAUGCGUACAUGGAAGUCUCCCGGAUCAGUUAUAUGCUUGCA